UUGAUUUUUUGAAUGUUGGUAGUAUUUGUCUAACCAAUAAUCAUCCGGAAAUUCAUUUCUUUUCAACAAAGUGUAUGUCGUGUAUACAGUGCAUAUUGUAAAUUUUAAUAAUUUAUCGGAAUUAUAAUUAAUUAAAAUGGCUGAUCAGACAGAAAAAGCGUUCCAGAGACAAUUGAAUGUUAAUUUAAAUCGUAAAGCAGGUCUUAAGAAGAAAGCCUUACGUUUAAGUCGAAAUAUUGGUUUAGGCUUUAAAACACCCAGAGAGGCAAUCGAAGGAACAUACAUUGACAAAAAAUGUCCAUUCACUGGAAAUGUAUCAAUCAGAGGACGAAUUCUUACUGGUGUUGUACAAAAAAUGAAGAUGCAACGGACAAUUGUAAUACGUAGAGAUUAUCUUCAUUACAUUCGAAAAUACAAUCGUUUCGAAAAAAGGCAUCGUAAUAUGUCUGUGCACCUUUCCCCUUGUUUCAGGGAUGUUGAAAUUGGAGAUGUUGUUACCAUUGGUGAAUGUCGUCCAUUAUCCAAGACAGUACGAUUCAACGUAUUAAAAGUGACAAAAGGAACAGGCGCCAAAAAAAGUUUCAAAAAAUUCUAAAUUAAUGUAUUAAUAAUAUUUGUAUAUUCAAUAAAAACUUGAAACUCCA